AUGAGGGAGAAGGUGAUGAGGAUGUUUAGGGAAGGGAGAAAUGAAGAAGCUAUGGAGAUCCUUAGUAAGCUCAACGACACACGAGGGGUGGCUGAGUUGGCCGUAUCAAGGGUUAUGGAGAAACUCAAUGUCGUGCUGAUUCAAGAACCAGGAGUUUUGGUUGGAGUUGAAAAAGAGGUCCAGUGGAUCCAAAAGAACUUGAUGCGUCUUGGGAUUCUUUUUGGUUAUGACUUCACAGAGGAAUUAAUGGACGUUGCUUAUGAUUUUGAAGAUGUGGUUGAUGACCUUAUACUCAGAUCAACCGCAAAGCAAAGGAGAAGAGGGAAUUGGGAGAGGUUGAGUUUGUUUAUAAGGAUUCACAUGAAGCUGGUAUCGAUCAAUUCUAAGAUCCCUCAUCUUCCUCGUGCUCUAGUAUCAAUACCAUGUUCUUCGAGAGUUCCUAAAUACUUGGAAGAAAUGGAGUGGUCACCCCUGUUCUCGAUACAAAGUCAGAACCUGGCAAAUACAGUUGUUUCCCCAGUGGAAGAGAAGGUAUCAGCUCUGCUAGCUCUGGAGGCACUUCAUCCAGAUUCAAAGAAGGCGGCCACGCGGGUACUAGACAAAUUCAGGUCCCUUGAUAGUUUUCUGAAAGGCUUAGAAUCAGUAGCAAUAGAUGAUAGAGGAAUGGUUUGGAUGGAGGAGCUGUCCCAUGUUUCCCUUUUGGUCGCGGUUGUAAUUCCGGACUUCAUCAACAAUAACCAACAACUCAGAAAGAGAAGUUGGAUGGGAUCUUCUUUUGGAAAGUCCAAAUCUCAGCAUGAUUUUGACAUGAAGAUGGACCAAAUAUAUGCUCAGAUCCAAAAACUCUCCAUUUCCAAGCCUCACAAAGACAGCCAAGAACAGGGUCAAAUUAGAAAGCUAAAGCCUGGAGCAACAACAUUGCCACAACCAACAACACAAGAACCAGAUUUCGCCAGCUUUGCUGAUGAUGUGCAUGCAAUGAUGACACGGUUACUUGCUGAUGAUACGAGUUUCUGUGUGAUUACAAUUAUGGGUAUGGAAGGCAUUGGGAAGACAACCCUAGCAAAGUUGAUCUUUAACAAUAAAGCUGUUGUCGAUCACUUCCCAUUUCGUGCUUGGCCAUCUACAACUGCUUGUUCAACUCUUAGUGAUUUCCAUCAAAUUCUAGUAGACCUGAUGGAACAAUUGAUGAACUACAAGAUGAGAGUCACGAGAGAUACAUGGGUUUCCAGUGAAGACCAAGAAAUGAUGCAGAAGCUGAAAGCUUUCUUUAUUGAUAACAGAUCUCUCAUAGUUAUGGAUGAUCCUUCUAAUUUUUCCUGGCAUGACCUAUUCACCGUGCUUGGAGAUACAUCAAAUGGGACCAGAAUGAUUAGGAUCACUCGCGAAAUGGGUGUUGCUUCAAAUCCUAAAACAAGGAGUGAUUUUCACCCAAUUCGUCUGCGAGCAAAUGAUGAGAGCUGGGCAUUGUUUACCCAUGCUUUGAAGGUAAAUAUUCCCCCAGAACUGCAAAAACUGAAAGGGUAA